GUUAUUUCGGAUACAUACGUGGCCGAAACCAACAUUUCCUUGGUAGAGUCCAGGAAAAGUGGGUGAAAAAAUACACUUUUAUUCCAGUUUUCAACAUUUCGUCACAAUGGUGCUCCUUGCAGCGGCCAUCUGCACAAAGAGCGGCAAGGCUCUAAUCUCUCGACAGUUCGUUGAGAUGACCAGAGCCCGUAUAGAGGGCCUCCUGGCAGCCUUCCCCAAACUCAUGAACACAGGCAAACAACACACAUUUGUCGAGACAGAAAGUGUCCGAUACGUCUACCAACCACUUGAGAAACUGUACAUGCUUCUCAUCACCACAAAAACCAGUAAUAUUCUUGAAGAUCUGGAGACGCUAAGGUUAUUUUCCAGAGUGAUCCCAGAGUACUGUCGAGCCAUGGAAGAAUCCGAGAUCCUUGACCAUUCCUUUGAGUUGAUUUUUGCAUUUGAUGAGAUCGUAGCGUUGGGUUACAGGGAGAACGUGAACCUAGCACAGAUUCGUACAUUCACAGAAAUGGACUCUCAUGAGGAGAAAGUAUUCCAAGCUGUUAGACAGACUCAAGAACGUGAAGCAAAACAAGAGAUGCAGCGAAGGGCAAAGGAGCUGCAGCGUAGUCGCCGUGAAGCAGAGAAGAGUGGGCGUCGCCCUCCAGGGUUUGGGAGUGGCUUUGGUUCUUCCUCUUCAUCGUCAUCUCGUCCUGAUGUGACUCCAGUUGUGUCUGAUAUUUCAGUGGAGAAGACCAGACCAUCAGCAGCUCCAACAAAACCCAGUAAGACUGGCAAGGCCAUGAAGCUGAGCAGUAAGACGAAGGACGUAGACAGCUUUGUAGACAAGCUGCGGACGGAAGGACAAAGUGUUAUAUCAUCAACAGUAAAAUCCAAACAGUCGGCCAGCAUUGCUAAAACCACCACCCCAUCAAACAAAACAGAAAUCGUUCACGUACGUGUGGAAGAAAAGAUGACUGUUACAGCAGGACGAGAAGGUGGAUUACAGAGCCUAGACUGCCAUGGAAUAAUUGCACUCAGGAUUAAUGAGAAAAACGAACAGAUGGGCAUGAUUAAGAUCGGCGUAGCAAACAACGAUGACAAAGGAAUACAAACCUUACAGACUCACCCCAAUGUGGAUAAGAAACUCUUCAUGUCUGAAUCUUACAUCGGAAUGAAGAACCCAGCCAAGCCCUUCCCACUGAACACUGAUGUUGGAGUCUUGAAAUGGAGAAUAGCCACCAAGGAUGAGAGCCUCAUGCCAAUCUCUAUCAAUUGUUGGCCAUCUGAAAACAACAAGGGCGGAUGUGAUGUGAACAUUGAGUAUGAGUUACUACAAGAACACAUGGAGCUGCAAGAUGUUGUCAUUACUAUACCAGUGCCGUCAGGUUGCGGCGCCCCCAUUGUUGGCGAGAUCGAUGGUAACUCUCGCUACGAUCACCGUCGUAACGUCCUAGAAUGGACCCUUCCAGUCAUAGAUUCAGGCAACAAGAGCGGGAGUCUGGAGUUCAGCAUCGCUGGACACCCGGACGACUUCUUCCCAGUGUCCGUCAAUUUCAUCUCGCAAAAAUCUUACUGUGACAUCCAGGUGACUGAUGUUCUGGGCGUGGAGAAUGAGCAGCCGAUUAAAUUCUCAUCAGAUGUAGCGCUGCUGGUGGAGAAGUAUGAGAUUGUAUAAGACAUCGUUGUCAGAGUACGUGAUAAAAACUAAAGUCAAGAUUUACUUAUAAAUUUAUUCUUGUAAAGAUGAGUUCUCGCAAGGCUUCUUGUGUGCUUGAAGCGAAUUCUUAUCAAACCAAGCUAGUGUACAAACUAAAAACAAAAGAUGUUUUUCAAAUAACUGUUUGUCUUUUCAAAAGAUGUCUUUUUGCCCCGGUGAUAAAAAAGAGCUGCAUUUUAAAAAUGACAAUUUAUUCAAAUCUAUGCGCCUUUGUUAAUCGGUUCCUUAAGGAAGUGUCAGUUUAAAACGCAUACAUGAAUAAUUACAAAGGAGCUUGCCUGGAAAUUUGGCCCUGCUUUGUGUUCUUUAGCCAUCAUUCCUGUCCGUCACCAAAAUAAGACAUGUACAGAAAAAUAGUCUGGCCCCUUUUAAAGUGACAAGAAUUAAUGUAUUUAAAGUACUUGAGUAUACUGGGAACACUACACUAAUGUGUAAUAUUUGGUGUCAAGUUGUUUUUGAUUCCAAAGCACAUAGUUCUUGGGUAAAGAAAGACAACAAUCGUUUAAACAUAGACAAAGUCUCAAAUGUUUCUCUUUAAAGUACAUCUUGGAAGUAAGUUUUGGGAGGUUGGUGUCUGAACUUUCUGGGCUAGAUUUUGUUGAGCUGCUUAAGCUUACAAGUUUGCUAAACAACUUUGUGCUUCACCAAAAUUAGCAGGAUACCAGUCAAAGUUGGUGCAUGUGACAUAGUAUUUUGGCUGGUUACCUUAUUCUGGCAAGCAUAAUUUUGUUUAGCUCCUUUUGUGCCUAAGCAGGUUUAUGAAGUUUGUGCUUGGGCUCCAUGAACUACGUACACAUUGGGAAUGCAGCGAGUACAAACUGGCCUUUAGGCCUUUACUAUUUUGGAGUAGUGUGUGUUUUACUUGAGGUGGUUCAAAGUAAGCUGAUCCUAAGCUGAGGUUUGAGAAAGGCAUUUUCUGAGGUUCAUUUUCUGUCCAUGAAUUCUCACUAUUUCUUGGAGUGGCGACAACUAUAUCUAUCUAGGAGCUUUAAAAUGUACAAAAUUACUAUGCUCUUAAAUUACUGUGUUUCUUUUGUAUAAUAUCAUGGUAAUAUUAUUAUAAAUGGCCAUUUAUUCAAACUUUUUGUGGGAACGAUGAUUUGCUAAUCAAUAAAAUGUUUAAUGCUCCAUUUUUUUUCUCUCUGCAAAGUUAUCAUUUUGAGUAAAGUUAUUUAAAUUGCGCUGAGAGUAUUUAAGGUAAAGUUAAUAACUUCCAUUCCCUUUUUAUUUUAAAGGUAUUAUACAUGAUCGGUAGAGCUGACAUAAUAGUCACAGACAGUGUUCAUGUUUUGUGUGAUCAACUAUUUAGAUGGAAAACAAAUAACAAACCUGUGAAAAUUUGGCUUACUGAAACUAGUGAAAAUAAUUAAGCAUGUAAACACAUUGUCCUUCAUUUUGGUUGUAACAACCGAACCAACAUCAGGUGAAGUGUCUUAAAGGAUUUUAGAAGCAGCUUUCUUGAAUCUGACUUCAUUUUUGUAGGGUUAUAUUACACAGAAAAAUUGUUGUACAUAUAGAAUGAACUUCAUAAUCAGAAAAGCCUUUAGAGAUAAAUUACAAAAUGAAUUUGUUUUUAUUCUUAUCAAUCCUGUAUGAUACCUUUAAAUAUAAUUCCAAGAAACCUUUAGUUGUUCUGUCAUUCCUGGAAAAAAGUUGUAUGCAAAUGGAUUAAGGCAUCUGUUUGUCAUGCAACUUUGCCAUCAAAACUAUACAUUUUACAUCUCUCCACCUACUUUUGUUUUGUUUUUUGUUAAGGCCUUCUUUACUGACAUGUUGAACUGUGAAUAAAUUCAUAGCUAGUAGUAACAACUCUG